GUGUUCCACUGCAGAGGUAACUCUGUUGGAUCUCCUACAGGAAUUCUCAAAAAAAUUAGUGUUGAAUUUUAUCUCGUGAAUGUCCACCUUACUUGUGCAUGAUAGUGGUCAGUGAAGGACAUUCGGACAAUCUAUAAGGCAUCGCCAUGGCGGUCCUUAAGAUCUGCAUUUUGAUAUUGGUCUUGACUGGAUAUUAUGUCUCAGCACAAACCAGGAAAUACAGUUGUGAUUUUGAGCAAAACAGCAUAUGCUCAUUUCUAUCAAACGUAAAAGGCAACAAAGAAAACUGGAGAAUCGGAAAAGGAAAAGUAAAUGCGGCUGAUACCGGACCAUCGAUAGAUCACACGACUGGAACAGCAAAUGGCACCUAUCUCUUUGUAAACGUGAGUGCGGCCAAGACGAACGCAGUGUCACUGCAAACAGUGGCCAUAAAAAAGGACUAUUGCGUUCGAUUCUUCUAUCACAUGUACGGUGCAGACAUCGGUUCUCUAACUGUCUCAACUCAGAGUGUCAGUCAAGCAUCUGACACCAAGAAGUACUUCUACCGGUCACGGACGCAAGGAGACAGAUGGAAAGAGGCAUUUUUUACCGCUUCGGAAUCGGGUACCAUGAACCUGAAAGGCUACAGGAUAAUUUUCACAGCAAAGCAUAACAUAGCAUCCUCCGUACGUGGUGAUAUAGCCUUAGACGACAUCGAAUUAACACCAGGGAAAUGCAAAGAUACAAAGCGCGACGUCACUCAGUUGUGCACUUUUGAUGACUAUGACUGCGGUUACUCUGCCAGCAGGACGAGUUCAAUGGAAUGGGAAUGGAAAACGCAAAAACGUGAUAGUACCUAUUUCAGUAAACAACCAGACGUUGAUCAUACACUUGGAAGCGAUGUGGGAGGCUACUGGUACAUUGGUGUUACUGGAUCUUUCUUUUCCUCCAUGCAGACAGCCAUGCUAAGUAGUCCUGUGUACAAGAAACCCAAAACGGUUCAAAACUGCCUGCAUUUUUACUACUACAUCGAUGGCGAUGCAACAUUAGCCUGGGGUUGGGGAAAGGUCAAGGAGGCUUACAUACAAUCUUUCAUUAACUUUCCCAACUCUAAAGAAGGAAGAAUGUGGCUCUCAACAAAAGCGAAAAAUAUUACGAAUCACAGAGUAUGGACGUAUGCAGAAGUUAAAGCAAACAUCUCAGCAGAUUUCCAGUUUCAAUUUAUUGCUGGCAUAGACAGUCAAACAGAAGCUGUUCUGGCACUUGAUGACAUAAAACUUGUAACAGGAAAUUGUCCAGAAGCUGGCUUCUGUGACUUUGAAGAAGACAAGUGCGGCUGGAAAGAUGGUCCGAAUCUCUAUAACUGGCUUCGUAAAACGGGAAGAGCAGGGACGAACAGCGAAAUUGGCCCUAGUAUGGAUAAUACUCUUAAAACUGCCGAUGGCAAUUACGUUGUGUUCAGCACAAAGAAUAAAAAUCCAGGAUCCGAAGCGAAUCUCGAGAGCGAAUUUUUCCAGCCAAACGACAAAGAUGUGUGUCUGUCAUUUUUCUAUUACAUGUCAGGAAAAGAUCUGGGCACUUUGAAAGUUAUGAGAAGGGAAGAAAAUAUUACUGAAACAACUUUGUGGUUAAUGACUAACGAUCAAGGUAAUAUGUGGAAAAGAGGAAUGGCUGUAUUGAAACCCAGCAUACUGUACAACCAGGUCGUGUUCAGAGGUAUAACAGGUAAAGGAAGAAAUGGUUUCAUGGCCCUUGACGAUAUUCGAAUUAGAGCUGGUGAAAAGUGCGAACUCCUGCCACCCGAGGCAGAUCCUCGUUUUGAAGCUGUAGCACGUUUAGCUUGUACCUUUGACGACAAAACCUUGUGUUCUUGGACACAAGACACGACAACCCUUUCAUGGAAAUUUGGAACCGGCAGUUCCUUAGACAGCACGGGACCUAAAGCACCAGUAGGAGGAAAAGGCCAGUACAUUUACGUUAGUUCCUACGAAGGCACUCAAUCGAACAAUGAAAAAAUAGCAAGAAUUAAAUCCGCUGUGGUCACUUCUUUCCACCCUGAUGCUGGUUGCUUCUCAUUUUACUACCACAUGUUCGGAGCCCACGUUGGCGAACUGAGAGUCAUUUUGGUGCCCAUGCAAGACGAGAAGAACCCGCUUGGCAGACAAGUUAUCUGGAGAAGACGCGGAACCCAACCUGACAAGUGGCUGCAAUUCAAAGACACUUUGAAUGUCACCGAAGGAGAUUACAGGAUUGAAAUAGAAGCUGAAGGUGGCAAUGGAUUCGCCGGGGAUAUUGCAAUUGAUGAAAUAAUGCUGAACUUAGGAGCCUGCGCUGGAGUUGAACUAUGCGACUUCGAAAGCAGCCUGUGUGGAUGGAAAAUCGAGGCAAGCUCACAGGGAAAAUAUUCGUGGCAAAGGGGAGUGAAAUUACCAAAGGGACCGUCGCAAGAUCACACCACAAUGACCGAUGUCGGAUAUUACCUGCAAGCAGUUGCCAGUGACGGAGCAAAAGCUGAAGAAAAGACCAGUCUUGUCAGCCCUCUGUUCGACAGACGUUGGGGCCCUCAUUGCGUCACAUUUUGGUACUACAGGCCUGGCCUAUCUACGGGAAAAAUCAGUGUACUCACUAGGCGAAAGGGCAAAGAAACUCUGCAAUGGUCAGCAACUAGAGAUGUUGGAAAAUUCUGGCACUAUGGACAGGUGACAAUUGACGAAAAUAAAUCUCUUCAAAUUAUAUUCCAAGCUGAAAAGGGACCUCGAAGCGAUUACGAGAUGGCGCUGGAUGAUAUCGAAAUAAAAAACAGCGCAUGCGGAAAGACAGCAGAAUGCAACUUCAACAACAAUUAUUGCAGUUACUUUUUGAACGAAACAUCCGAUUUUGCAUGGCUGCUGGGCACGGGAAGAGUCGUGAACAACCAGUUUGUGGAUCGAACGCCAGCGGACAACAGCGUUGAAAAUGGAAUGUACAUCUACGCCGACAUGACAUCGCCCAGUUUAAAAGAGAAUCAACAAGCAGUUUUAAUGAGCGAAAUUUUGGAAGUACCUAUUAAAGCAGUUUCAUGCGUUACAUUUUAUUACCAUUUGAAUGGCCAAGAUUCAUCCACACUGGGCAUUGGUAAAGCCACCUUGGACAAUACGGAUAAAGAUAUGAAAUACAAUAUAGAGGAAGUUUUCAGUACAGUAGACAAAACUGGCAAUGGAUGGACAAAAAAAGCCUUAGAUGUUCCUGGAAAUCAAGGAACGACGUAUCAGUUGUAUUUCCGUGCUACUAGAGGUUCAGGACCCCGUGCUUUUAUAGCAGUCGACGACAUUACGGUGAAAGAAGAGCCAUGCAUAGCUCCUCCUACCCCAACGCCAGCCAUCACGACAACAGAAAUGCCAAUAACAAGCCUGACCUGUAAUUUUGACGACAACAAUUUUUGUUUAUGGAAACCUAACAGCGGUAAAUUAAAGUGGCAAAUCAGUGAUGUCAAGAAAAUCAAAGAUAAAAUGCCGAAAUUCGAUCACACAUAUGGAAACUAUAUGGGACGAUAUGUUUACCUACAGGGAGAUGACAUUGCCAUCAAAGAAGGAACGUUGACCAGUAACUCAGCAGAACAAGAAUGGGUUGGUAACUUCUGCGUCAGCUUCUGGUAUUUCAUAAAUGUUGACGGGACAAACAGUCUGGAACUUCGAGCAGAACAUAAUUCCAAUUGGUGGCAAACGGAAUACGUCAGUUUCUGGAAAAGAGAAGGCAAUUAUGGUUACAAAUGGAGGCAUGCCUAUGUUCACAUCAAGAGCAGCAAAAUUUCACCCAAGUUGAAAUUCGUCGGCAAAUUGAAAACAGGAGUUAUAGCAUUAGAUGACAUUACAGCUUUUGGAGGAUCUUGUCCUCCCUCAAAAAUGUGUACUUUCGAUGACGACGAUAAUAUGUGUGGAUAUACUCAAGAUUCAAAUAAUGCUGUAAAUUGGGAUGUAAAGAGCGGAGAAGACAAUGACACAUUAUAUCGAAUGCCGGAUCAUACGACUCAAUCCAUUGAAGGAAGCUAUUUGUACAUCGGUUUUAACGAAACUCCAGUGGGAUCGUCCCAAAGUGCUAGAAUUUACAGUCCAAAACAAUCUCUUACUGUCGGAAGUUGCGUCACAUUCUACUACCACAUCUAUAAUGUCAGUACAUUAUCUCUGAACACUUACUUGUCUACAGACAAUGGACUUUCAGAUCCUCAGUGGAGUGUUACUAUUAGUCAAGGUCUUCUGUGGCAUGGAGCUCGCUUUACUGUGAUAUCCAAGUCACUCUCUUGGCAGGUUGUAUUUGAAGUGAAUGUUGGAAGUCGUGGUUACGGUCAAGUGGCUAUUGAUGACAUUUUAAUAAGUAACGGAGUUUGUCCAGAUCAAGGAUACUGUGACUUUGAAACAGAAGACUGCCUAUGGGAAAACGUGCGUGCACCUUUCGAUCCAAACACUAGACAAUUCUACGCACCAAACGCUUUAGUACAACGCGCUGAUGUAACCAACGACUUGCUGAAAGACGAUAUGGACUGGGUACGCCAUAUUGGAGAAGAUUACUUUGGACCAUCAAGAGAUCAUACACUUGGAUCACCUCAAGGUUUCUACUUACUUCUGGAUCCAAGAUCUUCUACCCAGGGACGAAAGGCUGUUUAUGUAUCUGAAAGACUGAGAACUUCUGGAGGUGUUUGCUUCAAAUUCUGGUACGCUAUUCCUAACUACAAAGUAAGCUCAAGCCUUACUUUGUACUCAAGCAGUGAUUUCAAAACAGCAGACCAGGUGAGGAUACUCAACGACAAUACGAACGAAGUCUGGACUCAAGCUCUAGUGACUGUAGUACCUCCCAUGACAUCAGAUUCGCCAGUUCUAGACUUUUGGAUAUUCUUGGUUGGAAUAACUGGAAAUCAUACGCUUGGACACAUUUCUAUCGAUGACAUAUCUAUUGGUGAUAAUGCUUGCGAAGCCAAAGGAGAAUUUUUCGACUGCAAAAAUGGAAGACACGUUCCACAAUCCAGUGUUUGUGACUUCCGCAAUGAUUGUUUAAACGGUCAAGAUGAAGCCAAUUGCGCCACCUGUGAUUUCGAAAGUGGUUCUUGUGGAUGGACUUCUGACAAUCCUUUUAAAUACUACAAAUGGGUUCGAUCUAGAGCUGGAAGAGAAGGUUUGCAGUUUGAUCACACCAAAUUAGAUGCUUCAGGAUAUUUUAUGGUCGCCACGACAACACUGUAUAUGUCUAGGGAAGGUUUAACAACCUACCUUGAAACCGUUGACUUACGAGAUGCUUUCUCUACCUGCAUGCUUGAAUUCUGGUACAACGUACUAGGCAAUAUGAAACUUUCCGUGAAUUUGAAAAGAAACAACAAAACGGUUCAAAUUUGGGUGCCAGAGGGAGACAGCGACCAAGUAUGGACGAAGGGUGAAGCAUUCCUUGGACGCAUACCAAGAAACUUUAGAAUAAAUUUCCUAGCUGAGCGGAAUCGGCAGGACGUAGCUCAUAUUGCAGUGGAUGACGUAGUGAUGAAAGGAUGCGAGACAUCAACAACCGGAGAACCUGGUAGUUGCACCUCCGACCAAUUCAACUGUAAGAAUUCACGGUGCAUCCCAAUGGACGAUAUCUGCGAUUACACCGACGACUGUGGAAAUUUCGAAGAUGAAAGGCAAGAAACAUGUGCAACCGCCAUUUCUCGAUGCAGUUUUGACCAAUCCUUCUGCAAUUGGAUAAACGACAAUUCAACUGGCGCUCAAUGGCAACUCAGAGGACCUUUCGCCACUUUAGAUCAAGGACCUACAAGAGAUCACACAACAGGAUCAUCAAACGGCCAGUUUUUGUACUUACCCGGUAGAAUUAACAAAAAAGUAUCAGCAAGAAUUAUCGGACCGAUGCUCCAAGCUGCACAAGGUUGCCAGAUUCGAUUCUACUUUGACAUCAGAGGACUGGGACCGCUUACAUUGCAAAUCAAAACUCGAACAUCCUUGAACGGUGAUGAAAAGGUAGUCUGGACAAGAGAAGACGCGACCGAAGGGUACUUCUUCACCGAGGACAGAUUCACAUUCAACGAAGAUCGUAGCUUCCAAGUAAUAAUUGAAGGAGCUAUGACUAUAUCAAAAGGAAAAACGAACUACAUCGCAUUGGACGAUAUUUCCUUCAGCCACAAAUGUGUUCCUCAAAUAACUCCUCUUCCAACUGUUCCACCUGAAAUUACAACUAUUUCACCUGCAAAAAUCUGUUCUUCAAAUGAGUUCCCAUGCGCAAGUAAAAGUCAAUGCAUUCCAAAAGAACAGAAGUGUGAUUUCAAAGACGACUGCACCGAUGGUUCAGAUGAAACCCAUUGCGGAAAGUGCGAUUUCCACGAGGACAUGUGUGGUUUAGUCAACACGGCGUCUUGGAGUGUGUACCAGUGGAAACGCGUCAACGCAGAAGUGUUCUCGAUUUCAAACAAUUCAACUGCACCAGACAGCGAUAGCACAGGAAACAAGCAAGGCUAUUUUGCAGUUCUCACCGGCAAACAAUUUUAUCAAUAUUAUGCUAACGCAGUGAUGCGAACACCAGCACUUGGCGCCACUUCUCACUCAUGCAGACUUGAAUUUUAUUACCAUUACAACAUCCAAGGAGGAGGUCAUUUACGAGUGUACAUAAAACAUCCGGGUUAUAUUGCUUCAACUUUACGAUUUGAACGAAAAGGAACAGACGCCACAGGAAAAGAAUGGCAGUUCGAAUCAGUAUACAUUGGCAACUACGCUGCUGGAAGAAUGAUUGAAUUCCAUGGAAACGCAAUCUACCCAAAAGUUUCCAAUCAAGUUCAGGACGUAGCCAUUGACAACAUCAACUACGUAAACUGUGAUCCAAAUCAAGUCUACUCUGAUUCUUUGAACUGCACUUUUGAUUACAAUGAGUGCGGAUGGCAUCCCGAUAAUGACAUAACAGCUGUUAGUUGGACUAGAGCAAAAAAAUCUCCACAGAACUAUGGACCUCAAUCAGAUCACACUGGAAGAAAAGGCUACUUCAUGUACAUCAGUGCUUCAUAUCAGUAUAGGAAAGGUCAAAAAGCUCACUUAGUAAGUAUGAAACAAAACGCUACCGAGAAGAGAUGCUUCAAUUUUUGGUACCACAUGUACGGAGAAGAUGUGGGGACUUUGAAUUUAAUCAUCAGAACAGACACUGGAAACACAACCAUUUGGAGUAAGACUAGUUCUCAAGGAAACGCAUGGAAACAGGGCUCCAGAACUAUUAGAAGCAAUGAGCCAUAUCAAAUCGUCAUAGAAGGAGUUGUAGGAAGUUAUGCUAAACCUGUCAUAGCCAUAGACGACAUUGAAGUGUACGAAGAUGAAUGUCCGCAUCCAGUUGCAUGCGAUUUCGAAGCAGAUUUCUGUGAAUGGACUAGCAAAGGAUUUAUUCUUCAAUUGGGGAAGUCUAACAUACCAUCGAAAGAUCACACCACAGAUACAGAAACAGGUCGUUAUGCGGCAUUGACAGAAGAAACCGGUACACUAACAAGCCCAGAUUACAACUACACGUCAAAUUCUUACUGUCUCAAUUUCUGGUACUUCUUGGAAGGGGACAGGACUGCUGGACUAAAAGUGCAAAAAGUGGAACAAACGAAUCCGACCAAUGCACCAGUUCUCUGGGCAGAUUACGCAGAUCCACGUAUUAAAGGACAAUGGAUCCAUUCGAGAGCUAGCGUGGAAGAUCUCUCCUCUGGAGAUUAUAAUAUCGUGAUCUUUGGACAGAAGAGUAAUUUAAGCGCAGCGGUAGCAGUAGAUGAUGUGGCAAUAGAGGAUGGCGCAUGCGCUCCAGCCGGUAGCUGCAACUUCGAAAGAGACUUUUGCACAUGGAGAAACCUACCCAAACCCUACAGCACAGGACUUCAAUGGCUCCGAAAUUCUGGCAGCAUAGUCAACUCUAAUACAGGUCCCAAAACAGAUCACACGACCGGCACUACUGAAGGGUGGUAUGUUUACAUGGAUGGAGACUAUGGAUAUGUAGGACAAACAGCAGUUCUUGAAAGUGAAAAUCUCCAUUACAGCCCUAAUGCAUGUCUCAAAUACUGGUAUUACCAAUACGGAUGGGGAUCCGGAUCAUUGCAGGUUAAAUAUGUUAACCACACAGAUAAUAAAAUAUACGAUAUAAUGACCAUUCCUGGAAGUCAAGGCAGUAAUUGGUAUCCUGUCAAACGAUUAGUCAAAGAUUUACCACCCACCUACAGAAUUCGGUUUGUUGGUGUAAAAGGUACCGGCGGCAGCUUAGCUUUAGAUGAUAUUUUCAUACAACAAGAUACUUGUGAUGAGAUCACAACAACUGUCCCACCACCAACAGAAUUCCCUCCAACCGAAUGGGACUGCAACUUCGAUGUGGGUGACUUCUGCGGAUGGAUCAAUGGAAAUGGAUGGGCUGUACAGGACGGCAGAAAGGCUCUCGUUUCUGGUAAAGGACCGACAUCUGAUCACACUCAAGGAAACGCAUUGGGACGCUACGCCUACUACGACCCCGUCAAUGGCACGGACGAUCUCAUCAGUCCAACCAUAAGCACAGCAAACAGCGAUUACUGCUUCCGAUUCUGGUAUUACAUGCAUAGCAUAGCUCCUAUAUCUCUCGAGAUCCAUGCGUUGCAGUACGGUCAACCAGCCGGCCCACUCUGGAUGAAGAAAACAAGUGCAAAUACAAACUGGAAAUACGGAACAUACUUCUUCGAAAAAUCCAUCAACAUGAGCGUCAUUUUCAGGCCAUCCAGAACCAAAUUGGGAAUUGGAGACAUUGCAGUUGAUGACCUUUCUUUCAACGUGGGACGUUGUCCAGUAAUAAGGGGACAGCCUUGUGAUUUUGAAGCUGCCGAUAUCUGUGGCUUCAAACUUGAAUCUCCCGACGGAGUGGCUUGGAAGAGAGUCCAAGGAAAAAGCAUUAAGGGAAAAUUAGUGGGACCGAAAAUGGACAAAUCGUAUGGAACUUCAGAGGGACACUACAUGAUUGUGAGACCAACAACCGGCGCCAGAAUUGUGGGUGAUAACAAAGCUUACAUAAUCAUGCCGAAUGUACCGAGCACUGGUGUGUACAGCAGCUGUGUUCGUUUCUGGUAUCAGAUGUCUGGAGAAAAUGUCAUCGCUCUCAGGCUGUACAUGAGGACGCCCGAGGGAGCACUGCCACCAUUUUCAUUGUGGUCUCACUCAACCAAACACGGUGACAAUACAUGGAGGGUCGGACAAAGAACUAUUGAUGCCCCCUACACUCAUGAGAUCCUUUUUGAAGCUGUUUUGGAAAGAGGAGACAAAGGAUUCAUCGCUCUUGACGAUAUUGUAGUGAAAGAAGGAGCUUGUCCGAAUCCAGGAUCUUGCGAUUUUGAAAGCGAUCUCUGCACUUGGCAGAAUGCUGAAACUGGCGUGGACAUUGAAUGGGUGCGAAACUCAGGGCCAACACCGACAGAAAACACAGGACCAGACGUUGACCAUACUCUUGGAACUGAAUUAGGUUCGUACAUUUAUCUACAAGCCGAAAACCCAGCCGGAAAACACAACCUGGUCGGAAUACUCCAAUCUGAAUAUUUCAGCCUCUCGACGGAACGAUGCCUCUCCUUUUGGGCACACAUGAGCGGGAAAGAAAUGGGAUCAUUACAAAUAAAUAUGACUUACUACGACGAAGAUCAAGUGAAGACACUGAAUGAUAAGACAUGGAGGAUCGAAGGCGACAAAGGAAGCAAGUGGUUCAACCGUCAGAUCAAUAUCAACAUCGAUGGACUCGAAAUUCAAGAAGAGUAUCAGAUUCUUUUCAUCGGAACGACCAAGGGAGCUCUCAGCGACAUAGCUCUAGAUGACAUCGAAGUGACAAACAAGAAAUGCUACGACGUUCCGGACGAUGCCUUCGAUUGCAGGGAUGGCUCUCACGUGAACGCCAGUAAAAUCUGCGAUUUUGAACUUGAUUGUCCCAGCGGAGAGGAUGAAUCUGAUUGUGGAGAGUGUGAUUUUGAGCAUGGCAGUUGCGGUUGGCGAGAUGAAACGAGUUAUUAUUACAGCCAAAAAUGGGCAAGGGUUCAAGGAGAAGAGGAUGGCAAAGUAAAAGGACCUGGUUAUGAUCAUACGUUCAACACUUCAAAGGGACAUUUCAUGCUCGUGGAUCCACGCUCCUACUACAGCUGGCAGGAGUCGGUUAUGAAAAGUCCAGAAAAGAAAUUCAAGAAAUCCUACGCUUCGUGCAUGAUGAACUUUUACUUCUACCACAUGAAAGGCUCUCAAGCAACGAUCCGAGUCAGAAAACGAAUUGGAACCGGUACUCUGGCAACGGUUUGGGAACGAGUUGGAAUUUUGGCUGAAGGAUGGCAACUGGGAUCUGCCUAUUUGGGAACAACGGAACAACCAUUCAUUAUAGAAUUCGUACACCAAAGUUCUUAUGAACAAACUUAUGUAGCGAUUGACGACAUUACAUUCCAGAAUUGCAGUAUGCCUAUGGCAAAAAAGAAUUGCGGCAGUAAAGAAUUUAAGUGUGGAAAUGGACGUUGUGUGUCACGAUAUUUCCUGUGCGAUCAGACAGAUGACUGUGGCGAUAGAUCUGAUGAAGAUGCUAAAUUGUGUGCAUCGUAUCCCAAACCAUGUACAUUUGAAGUUGCCAGCGACUGCGAGUGGGAAGUCAAGGGUAAAGCAAGAAACUAUUGGAAUACCGCUUAUGCCUCUUCUUCUAGAGGCAGAUCCAAUUCCGGACCACUUGUUGACCACACUAAAGGAAUAGAUGCUGUCGGAAAAUUCUUAAGUUUGAAACGGUACUAUAACGAUAAUAAAUAUUACACAUCAUACUACCAUAGUCCAAAUUAUCAAGUUAGUGGUGAAACCUACUGCUCACUACGAUUCUACUACUACAUGCAUGGGGCUGAAGAUGCAAACUUAAAAGUUUACACAGAAACAGAAAAAGAUGGAUGGAACUGGAAAGAAAGAUUUAACGAAGUGGGUUCUAUGGGUCAGAAAUGGAACCGAGGCAUCGUGAACGUCAGAAGCUCUACUCCCUAUCAUUACAUCAUCGAAGGAAAUCCUGGAAACGUCACUGGCUCCAUUAUCGCAAUCGAUGAUCUGUCUCUUACCAAAGGCUGUAAACGUUACACAGACGAUCUCCCAACACCUAUUCCAACUCCUCUCCCAACAAAAUCUCCAUGCAAGGAUAGCGAAUUCAAAUGUAUCACGGGGCAACCUCUGUGCAUACCAAAGUCAAAAGUGUGCGAUUUUACACCCGACUGUGCUGAUAAAUCAGAUGAAAAGAACUGUGGACCUUGCUCGUUUGAACAAGAUCUUUGUGGAUGGCAAAACGAGAGUCCCGGUAGGUACGAAUGGAAAAGAAGAGUUGCUUCCGAAGACGAUGAGUUUGGACCUAAGACAGACCAUUUGAACUCCUCCAGUGGAUCAUUUGCUUAUGUGACAGAAGGCUGGGGAUAUUACAACGAUCCUGCUUUGUUGGUCAGCCCUGCUCUUCCAGUAACUUCCUCUCAUUGCGUCAUGGCGUUUUGGCUAAAUGUUAACCCAAGUAAUGCAGGAAACUUUUACGUUGAACACAAAACAGGCAAUUACUAUUACUCAAACUUUCUCAAAAUCUGGACUAUGCCUAGCUCGUUCCAGAAGGGAUGGCAGCUAGUUGAAGUCAAAGUACCCGAAGCAACCUACAAAGGAUCUAAAGUCAGAUUUAGUAGCAAACCUAAUUGGAGCUGGUGGAAUACAGACGAUAAAAUCGUGGCCAUUGAUGAAAUAUCUUUUAUUAAUUGCAACCCGAAAGAGCUCUUAGUAGACUGUGAUUUUGAUGACGAUAACUUCCACGAUGGUUUUUGUUUCUGGAAGCCGGUUGCUAAUACCGCGGCAAGAUGGAAGCGUACUAAAGGCACUACCGAGAAAAAUUUCACAGGCCCUACUUCCGAUCAUACAACAGGACAUGGAUACUAUUUAUAUACUGACAAUACAAAUGCAGGAUAUUAUGGAACAGCUCAAAUUGUAAGUCCAACUUUGCCAAUGAAUUACCCUGAAUACAGCUGUUUUUCAUUCUGGUAUCACAUGUACGGUCAGCAUAUUGGAACUCUGGGAAUCGAUACAAGUUAUUAUUGGUCGUGGAGGAGACAAUGGACUCGCACUAGGAAUCAGGGUAACCAAUGGAAAUUUGGAGAAGUCGAGAUUAUAUCUGUUAGAGACUAUACCAUAAGAAUUUCCGCAUUUGCAGGUUGGGGAUCUCAAAAUAUCAUUGCUGUAGACGAUUUCAAGAUGACUGAUGGACCAUGCCCUCGAACAGCUUAUUGUGACUUUGAACAAAAUUGGUGCGGAUGGAAUGCAACUUUUGAAGGUUUAGCUGGUUUUAACCGGACUCAAGGCAGUGGAAACUGGAGUGAUGAAAAACCAAAUGUUGAUCAUACUACUGGCUCAGAAUUCGGUUAUUUCAUAUAUAUGCCAUACAAAAGGAGAGGAGAUUUAGCAAGACUUGAAAGUCCGAUGUAUGAUAAUUACGGAGAAAUGUGUGUAAAGUUCUGGUACAAUAUGUUUGGAAAUGAUAUUGGUACUUUAGCUGUUUAUCAAAGAACAACCCAAGAAGGUAGACUAGAUAAUUUGAAGAGUUUGUGGAAAAGAUCAGGUGAUCAUGCAGGAGGGUGGAAACUUGGCCGAGUUACAAUGAAAUCGCUUCCUAGCUUUUAUAUCGCAAUCGAGGCACAAACAGGUGAAGGUCCAAUUGGAUACAUAGCCCUGGAUGAUAUCCACGUAACACAUGGAUCUUGUUCAGAUCCCGGCUCAUGUAAUUUUGAAAUAGAUACCUGCGGGUGGAUUAAUGCCGAUGCAUUUGCUGAUGUCGAUUGGAUAAGAAGAACCGGCCUUGAUGUUAACCAAGGUAAAGGACCCGCAGUAGAUCACAGCACAGCGACUGCCCAAGGUCACUAUAUGUAUGCUCUUUUGACAGGACUUAAGGCAGAUUCCAGAUCAAUGCUUGCCAGCGAAGACUUAGAAAUUUACCCUGAUUAUUGUUUAUCUCUCUGGUAUAAUAUGUUCAAUACAGUUAACACAUCCUUACUAAUAGAACAGUCAAUAGUUGGAGAGGGAUGGGUGGAUCAGACAGAAAUUAAAUCGGCUGAUGUCAUGUCAGACACCUGGAUUAAAAUUGAAACAAAUAUUUCUGUCCCAGAUGCUGGAGAUUUCUUCCAAAUAGGUCUUACCGCAUUCACGAGCACUGCACAAGACAAUGUCACUCAUCGUGGUAUAGCAAUAGAUGAUUUGUCCUUAACAAAAUCUGUCUGUGGUCAACAAAUAACUACAACUAUUUCUCCACCCACUACCACAACUGAGUAUCCUCCUAGCAAAUUCGAUUGUACCUUUGAAGCUGAUUUGUGCCUUUGGGAAAAUGACCCAGACCAAAAUGCAGCAAAAUGGGAUCUAGUUGUUGGACACGCAGAGAAAAAAUUAACUCGCCCGAGAACUGAUCACACGACUUUAUCAACCAGUGGACAUUAUUUAACUCUGAAUGAUGCUUCAAAAAGAUCAUUUUUCGCAAAAGCCAGGCUCUUUAGCCAAGAUGGUUUUGAUCCAAAUUCAGGAGUUUGCUUUAAGUUUUGGUAUCACAUGUAUGGAAAUGACCCAGGUUCUUUGUAUGUGAAAGUGCAGGAUUUCCACGAUGAAGACAAAGUUGAAACAAUCUGGUAUAGAUCAAAAUCUCAAGGUCCUGAUUGGAAAUAUGGACAAGCAUAUAUUAUCAAAACCUACUUCUUUAAAAUAAUGGUGGAAGGGGAUGGAACAUGGUAUGGAGAUAUUUCCUUGGAUGAUUUCUCAUUGAACGAAGGAGACUGUCCACCUCUUGAUUUCUGUGAUGUGGAGCACGACUACUGUGGCUUCACUCGUGAUCCAGAGAGCGAUUUCCAGUGGAAACGAGGAAAUGGUUCGCGAACCAAUGGACCAGAUGUUGACCACACCUACGGAACUAUGCUAGGAAAUUACUUCUAUGUUGAUCCAAAAGAGAGAGUUACUAAAGGUAAAGUAGCAAGACUUGAAAGCUCCCUUUAUAAACCAGAGAAAAAGUGCAUGCGAUUUUGGUACUACCUUUACGGAAUUGAUGUUGGAACACUGGAAGUUCUACUAAGGAAUGGAGAUACAAAAACAUCGAAAUGGAAAGAAGACGGCGAUAACACUCAGUUUUGGCAUGCAUCAGAAGUCACGAUCGAUCAAAAACUUCCCAUAGACUACAGUUACAUAUUCCAGGUAACAACAGGCUCGGCGUAUUCAAAAGGAUUAAUUGCUUUGGACGAUAUAUCCGUGAAAACUGAAUGUCCACCAAUCGGUUCCUGCAAUUUUGAGGAUGACAUGUGCUUAUGGUUCAACGACCCAGACGCUGACCUAGAUUGGAUGAGAGGAUCUGGCGAAAUCACAGAGGCUGGUCCUGAAACUGAUGUUACAUUCGGCAAUCAAUUUGGAAUCUACCUGUACGCCCAUGUUUUGAACGACUGGCAAUCGAUUCCCAAGCCCGCUCGACUCAUGUCGCCCUAUUUCCAACCUGCCAUAAAACGUUGCAUCAACUACUGGAAUUACCGAAACGGAACCAACUUCGAUGGCGCUCUGACUGUCUCCAUGUACAAUGAUGCCACCGACGAAAUCGUAGAACUGCAGCACUUCACGCAAGAAAAACUCGGCAGAUGGAACAACGAACAAGUCCAGAUUGACCAAGACGAGGGUGAAGGAAAAUAUCAAAUCAUCUUCGAAGCUCAGCUGACUACAACGAAAAACACUUUCAUAGCUCUAGAUGACAUCACAGUAUACGAAGGAGAAUGUAAACCAAUAGAGGACAGAAAGCCCGACUUCACGUGUGAAGAUGGUCAAAAUCAUAUCUCGGAUGACUUUAGAUGUGACUUUUACAACGAUUGCGAGGAUGGAAGUGAUGAAAAAGACUGUGGUACUAGCUGCGACUUCGAAGCAGAUGAGCCUCAACCUUGCAACUGGAGAUCUCAAGCUACAAAUAACGAAGCAGCCUGGAAUCGUACCCUUGCUAACUAUACUGAAAUACCAGAUGUCGAUCAUACAAAAGGAGUAUCAGGUCAAGGUUAUUACAUGAAGGUGAAUAUAUUGCAGCGUUGGUUAUAUAAGGCUGAAGCUCACUUCAACAGUCCUCUGCUUAUACAGUCUGCAGCCUCAUGUCGCAUGUUCUUCUGGUAUUAUUUCUAUGGUUUGUGGGACACUGAAGCUCUUUAUGUAUAUUUAGAUUCAGGACAUCAAACGUCAACUACUGAGAUUUUCCGUUUAGAAGGAGACCAUGAGAAAUCUUGGAGAAGAGCUGAAGUUAUCGUUGGCAGAGUACAGAACAGGUUUAGAGUGGGAAUUGUUGGAAAAAGAGAAUCAGCAACAGGUGUCAUUGCUAUUGAUGAUCUAGAAUUCGAAAACUGCUACAUUCCAAGAACUACAGAAACUAAGGAAUGCAAGGAAGACCAAUAUUUAUGUCAAAAUGGAAACUGCAUACCUAAAGAUCUUGUGUGCGAUUUUGUCGAUGAUUGUGGCGACUAUUCCGAUGAAAAUAGACUCCUGGCCACUUGUGAUGUAUAUCCUGGAAGAUGUGAUUUUGAAGGCAAUAAUUACUGUGGCUGGAAGCGAGCUCCCGAAACGGACUACAUGUGGCAAUUAGCGAAACCAAACCCUACUUCAUGGUACAAUAAGGUUCUAGUUACUCGUGAUCACACAAGAAAUUCAGCAAAUGGAAAAUUUUUGUACUUCGGUAAUGGAUACGUUAGAGGAAGUGUGGCAAGAAUGGCGUCGAAAGUUAUGGAAGCCGCUGAUAGUUCGUGCAAAUUCAGAUUUUUCUACACCUAUGGUACUAUAUAUAAUUCAACUAAAUACGAUCAGAUGAAAGAUAUAGGAUCCUUAACUGUUUAUGCUCGAAGAGACGAAAUUAAUGUUUGGAAAGUAAUAUUUACGACCCGAGAACCGCCCGGACAAUUUUAUGAAAAAGUCGUAUUACCUUUAGGAGAUAUCAAAGAACCAUUUGAAAUUAUUGUUGAAACUCGAAUAGGUAGGGAGAAACCAUCAGGAGGAUGGGCCGUGGAUGAUGUUUCAUUUACAUCAGGCUGUGUUGUGUCAAACAAAACUCUUCCUUUAAGUAUUAUAGAUCCAACAGAAGAACCAGAAGAAAAAUGCAAUGCAGGACAGUUCCUAUGCAAAGCUGACAAGCGUUGUAUCGACAGUGAAAAAGUAUGUGAUUUUGUCCCCGAUUGUUCCGAUUAUGCCGACGAAGCCAAAUGCGGUACCUGCAAUUUUGAUGAUGACACAAACCCUACUUGUGGGUGGAGAAAUUCCAUAGGAAGAAGAUGGGUAAGAAGGAAGGGUAAAACAGGUUCUAAUGGACUGACAUCUGACGUCUCUGGAAAAGGCUAUUAUAUGUAUGUGAGCAAAGAAAACACAGGAACAGUAUCCAGUUCUUCUUACUUGAGAUCCGUCAAUUUCCAACAGGCAGCUGCAAGUUGUAAAGUAAUUUUCUAUUUCUUUAUGUCUGGAAUAACGGAUGAUGAAGUUUCUCUAAAAUUGCAACUGCAGACCAAAGACUUGAAAGACGUGAUGUUAUGGGAAGAAGUUUCAGAUCAGGGACAAAAUUGGCAAAAUGCAACUGUUAGCAUUAAUAGAAGAGAUCCCGGCUGGCAUUUGGAUUUCAUAGCUUCGAAUGCCUUCAGUAAAGGAGAUAUAGCAAUCGAUGAUAUUAAAUUUGUAGACUGUGCUCCUCCAGAAAAAAGAAAAUGCGCUCCCAACACCGAAUUUAUGUGCGAUAAUAAAGAAUGCAUUAACAGCUCUUUAGUUUGUGAUCUCAGCGACGAUUGCUCUGAUCGUUCAGAUGAAAUAAACUGCACAGAUUACUUAGAGAGAUGUGAUUUUGAGAAAGGAUGGUGUACUUGGACCCAGGAUACUAAGGCUGAUGUGCUAUGGAAACGAACAUCAGGAGCACAACUUGCAGAAGGUACUGGUCCGGACAGAGAUCAUACCAAAAAUGAUGAAACUGGUUACUUCCUGAUGGUUUCAAGAGAAAGUAUUUACUAUCUUUGGAAAACUCCAAAACUUUUCAGUACUCCAUUCAUGGCUGACACUUCUGGAAAAUGCAAACUAAGAUUCUGGUAUCAUUUGUAUGCUUCUUAUACAAGCAGAAUCUCUGUCCGUGUUCAAGAGGCCGAUGGCUCUAAAUCUAUCGAGCUUGCUAAGUUUUAUGGUUCCCAAGGGGAUGAAUGGCAGAGAGCAGAAGUCUCGUUGACAAAUAAAUUCAAUUUCCAUGCUGUCAUUGAAGGCAUCCCUAGUUCUGGCAGAAAAGGAGAAGUUGCUAUCGACGAUACAUCUUUUACUCCAGAAUGCAUCCCUGUAUAUACCGUAAUUACUACACCAUUGCCAACCAUCCAACCUAAAGGUAUCUGUGAUAAAAGAGGACAGUUCACCUGUGAGGAUAAUUCGUGCAGGCCGAUGGAUGUUGUGUGUGACUUCAAAACUGAUUGCCCUCUUGGUGGAGAUGAAAAAGAUUGUCCAGCAAUAUGUGACUUCGAAAGUGGAUCAAUAUGUGGUUGGCAGUCUCUCACGAGAAGAGGUGAUGGAGUAGAAAUAAAUGUUACAAUCGCAGAAGAUGCUAAGAAUAUAUCUCCAGUGGCUCCAAAGGUAGACAAAACAACAAAUACUAGCCUGGGCUCAUAUGUAAUUAUCCACACAAGCCUCGAUACCAAAACUGGCCCCGUAGAUGAAUUCAAAAGUCCUUUGUUUGCAAAAUGUGCUUCACCAUGUAAAUUUUCUGUUUGGUAUGUACUUAAAACGACAUAUUUUAAACCUGUCAUUUCGAUUACAAGUGGCGAUGAAACAACAAAUAUGGUUGAUAUCGUUCCUUCUAACACUUGGACACUUGAAACAUUUGGAAUCGGCCGACAAAACAAUUUCUCUAUAAGCUUCAAUAAAAGAGGUGGUUUCUAUAGAUCAGAUUUCUUAGCCAUUGAUGACAUCGAAUUCUUAAACUGUGCACUUCCGAAGAGAUCAGACGAUAUAUGCCUAGGAUUCCGCUGCCCAGUUAGCAGAGCUUGCAUUGAUGAGUCAAGAGUCUGCGAUUUAACAGAUGAUUGCGGCGAUGCUACAGAUGAAGACGGUUGCGCAGACAAGGAAUUUAUUACAGUAGAUUUUGAAAACAAUACAUUUGGUAUUUUCAAACAAUUCACAGAUGAUUCCGCGCCACUUAACUGGGAAAUAAAAAAAGGAUUAACGCCAUCCCAUUCCUCUGCGAGAAUCGGUCCACCUUACGAUCACACGCUGGCUAAUAAAAACGGUCGCUACAUUGCCAUGUCGAAAGGCUAUUCUGGUGGUUUGAAUGAAAAGGCACGGCUGAUAUCAGAUGUAAUGUACAGUGUAGCCAAGGGAGAAUGCCAAAUGAGAUUCUAUUACUUCAUGUACGGAAAGAAUGUGAACCAACUGAACAUCUACACGACCAUAAAAGAUAAAGAUGCCAAGGAUUAUAAGCGAAUAUGGAGACAAACAGGAGAAGUUGGAAAUUUCUGGAUGAGAGGAACUGUGGGUCUCAAUGAAACGGUGCCAUUCCAAAUCAUUAUAGAAGGCAAAGCAGGAAUCAACAAUGACCUGAUUGCCAUGGAUGAUAUUUCUUUCUCACAAGGAUGCAAGUUACAUCCAGAGGCAACAUUACCGCCAAAGGAAGUCACGGGAGAUAGUACCACACCAUCAACACGAUCGUCUACACCAUCUACAGGUUGCUUGCCUACUCAGUUUUUGUGCGUCGCAGACAGAAAAUGCAUUGCUGGAGAUAAAAAAUGUGACUUUAGAAAAGAUUGUAAAGACGGCAGCGACGAAGCUGAUUGUGAAUCUAUAAACAAAGCCUUGAAAUCUACCUUUAUGUGCCCCUUGAGUUGUCGCCAGCAUGGUUAUCCAAGCUAUCAAUUGAAAGAGACUUGCUUCUUUGAUAACGGAGAUCUAUGUGGCUGGGAAAUCUUCCACAAAAAUAAAAAACCAAGUCGAGCAAAGCGAGCAGCGGACGAUGACGACGAACAUGACAGCGUCUUCAGGUGGAUUCCUAUUCAGGCAAAUGACACUCACACUCAAAUAAAUUGGGACUACAGACCCAAGACCGAUCACCAUUAUAACCUGACCACAGGUUGGUAUCUUUUGGCCGACGGUGCACCUGGAAGACGUGGCGACAUCACUUCCCUAACUUCACCCCUCAUUUCUAUGACGCAUGCGCAGUGUGCUAUAGAUUUCUGGAUCUUCUGCGGAAGAUUUUCUUGUGAACUGAGUGUGUCUGCACAACCGGAGGGAGGUCCAAGUCAAAAAAUUUGGGAUGCUUACAAUAACCUUUACGGAAAAGGCUAUUCUCUGGUUUGGACACAUGCAAAGGCUGCCUUGAGUGCCGUAAAGAAUUUCAGAGUUCGAUUUGAUGCCAAGCGUCCCUACACCUAUAUGAGCGCUGUGAGCCUGGACGACAUAACUUUCGAAAACUGUGCACCCCCUAAGGCACUGGAGCCUGAUCAAAUAGUGUGCGACUCACACGAAUUCAUGUGCGGCAAUGGAAGAUGCAUCAAUGACAAAUUCUUGUGUGACUUCACGGAUGACUGUGGCGAUUAUUCUGACGAACGAGACUUCCAGUGCCAAGCUUACAAAUCUCGCUGCAACUUUGAUACUGACCUGUGUCGAAGCUGGAUUCUUGAAAACGAUCAAUAUGCCAAGUGGGUAGUUAGGACUGGAAGCUCUUCGUUGUACUCGAGCAUACCUCAAGAAGACCACACUACAAGGAAAAGUACAGGAAAAUUCUUAAACGUUCCAUCUGGUGGAUAUCUCGUAAGAAAUGCUAAACCAAAAAUUAGGUCUCCUACGAUCGACGGAGCUUCUGAAAAUUGCACGAUACGUUUCUAUUAUACCACCAUCUAUGCCGAUGAAAAUGCAGUUCGAUUAUACAAGAGAGUUAAUUACAAUGAUCCAAAAGGUUAUGAGUUUUUGAAAGAAUUUAAAGCGGAAGUCACUAACUACUGGCAUCGCGCAGAGCAUACGAUCGUCAACAAGAAUGGUGAUUACCAGAUUGUUUUGGAAGCAAGUUUGAGCAACAAGCAUGGAAGUCUUAACAUCGAUGACAUUUCAUUGACUCCAGCUUGUCAUUUAGCUGAUGGUAAAGAUAUUCCAGGAAAGCCAACCGUACCACCACCAAUUGACAAAUGUUAUGAAGAAGGAAAACUCACAUGCAAGAAUGGAAACUGUUACUCACAUUUGCAGAGAUGUAAUUUCAUUAAUGACUGUGGUGAUAACACGGAUGAGAAAGACUGCGGUACUUCAUGCACUUUCGAAAAUGGAACUUGUGGUUGGUAUAACCCUGAUAUGUAUCGCGGCAAAUGGGUUGUAGCUUCAGGAAAGAAUUAUUAUUGGAGUAAAUUGGAUAAAGAUCACACAUAUGGAAAUUCUUCUGGUAAAUACAUAAAACCCAGUGGAUUGCUGCAGCAAGGCGACGUGGCGCAGUUCCACACUCAGAACUACGUCGUAAGCGGAGGAAACUGCAAAAUGAAUUUCUGGUUCUUCAGACAGAGCACUGGAAAAGCCCUGCUUCGAGUUCUUUUGGAAAAGAACCUCAAGAAAGACAAGUUCACUGUACUGUGGAGGAACGAUACAGAUGGCAAACCCGAAUGGACCAGCGCAGUGGCAAACAUCAAUCAACAGGAGCAUUUCAGCAUUGUCAUCGAAGUUACUUUAGGAAGCGGCUACUUAGCCUCCAUGGCCAUUGAUGAUAUAGAAUUCUUAAACUGCAGGCCUGAUGAACCUCCCGUUGAAUGUGCGCUUCAAGAAUUCAUGUGUAGAGAUAGGAAGAAAUGUAUUAAAGAAUGGGAAAAAUGCGAUGGAAAAACUGAUUGUCUUGAUGGGUCCGAUGAAAAGAAUUGUGUAAGGCACCAUGGCGACUGUCAUUUCGAUGAUGAUUGGCCAGAUCAGUGUGAUUGGCAGACAAAAGAAUUGCUGCAGUUUGAAUGGACAAGAGGCAAUAAGGCAAGAAAUGACGAAACUGGACCUCCAAGUAGCCGCAAUGCAAGCGGUUACUUCUUAUUCAUGGACAGUUCUAAGGCAGACGAAGGCGACAAGGCUGGUAUUCAAACUCCGGUGUUCUUACCAAACGAAGGAAACUGCCAUCUACGAUUCUGGUAUUACAUGAAAGGAUCGACAGCCAUGGGCACAUUAGUGAUACUAAGCGAAGGAGAGAACGGACAAACAUUCCCCGUCUUCUCCAAGAAGGGACCUCAAGGCUCACAAUGGAAUUAUGACCAUGUCGUCCUUGGAAACGACCAGCACUUCCGUGUCACUUUCAUGGGUAUUAGAGGUGGAGAUGACAAGACAGACAUUGCUAUUGAUGAUGUUACAUUUACGGAAGGAUGCGAGAAAGGAGGACAACCACCUAAGCCAACAGGUCCACCUACUCUGUGCGUUAAAGAAGAUUUCGUCUGCAGGACUGGAAAGCAAUGCAUCCCAAUGGCCUGGCGAUGUGACUGUGCCUAUGACUGCCAGGAUGGCAGCGACGAAGAUAAUUGUGACAUCGAAUGUUCGACCACUAGUCCUCCGAAAUUUGUUACUACAUCUCCGAGGAUCCAAAGCACUACAACGACUGUAAGGAAAGACACGACUACUUCCAAAUUCAGCAGAGGUACUGGACCAACUACCGUCGGAACUACGCCUCCUACCACUGUAGGAACAUGUCCGGCAAAAACCUGGAGAUGCGACGAUGGCUCUGCUUGUGUUCCCCAACUUAUGCUCUGUGACGGAGUGGAAGAUUGUAAUGAUGGCUCGGACGAGAAAUACAAAUGCACGAAUGCAAAUCUUUGCACUGAAAUGAAAUAUUUCUGCAUGGACCGCAAGACAGAUCCUUGUUUACCAAGGGAAAGUAUCUGCAACGGAAAGAAAGAAUGUUCAGAUGGCUCCGAUGAAAGUUUAUGCGACAAAUGUCCACCUAACUUCUGUUUGAAUAAUGGCACUUGCUCAAUCGUCAAUCGAGUACCUGUAUGCAAGUGUACAGAUACCUACGCCCAGAAUCGAUGCAAAGCCAAGAAAGUGAUUACCGAAGAGGAUAAGAAUCCGAUACCAGCGAAAGGAGCUGGCGUCGAAUGGAUAAUCGGAGUGGUAAUCGGAACCGUCCUGCUCAUUGCUAUCAUGUUCGUCAUCUGGUAUAAACGAAAUACCAAUGCAGAAAGAGCGAGAUUACCUCAUGCAGUUGACAAUCCUGUAUAUGGUCUGAAUUUAGACACUCUCACCUUUGGAGAAUUAAAUUCUCACAUGCCUGUAAGAAAUGAAGAUGGUGCAGGCGCAACUGCCAUUGAAAAUCCUCUCUACGCAUUCAAAUCAGAGAUAAAAUAAUAAGCAUCUCUUCAUCAUUUAUCAUCGGCGCAUCCUUCUACUGAUCAUUUUCAUUUUACGUCUUGUACAGUCCUCCAGCAACAGAUUUGUACAAAACACAGUGCAUCAGUUCGUGUCGUCUUUAUCAAAAAUAUGAACUGUCUAUUAUCCAAGACAUUCGUGUGAAUAUAUUUCAGUGUUUGUUUUUUGAUCCACUGUUUUUGUUAAUGAAUCAUGUGAAAUUCAAAUAAAUCAAUGUAUAUUUCA